AUGAACGGCCACGCCAAGGUUCAGUCGGAACACCAGUUCGACGUCAUCGUCGUUGGCGCUGGUAUCUCCGGCAUCAAUGCCGCCUACCGAGUGCAAGAUGAGUUGCCAGGGUUGAGUUACGCGAUUCUAGAAGCCCGCCAUGACUUGGGCGGGACAUGGGAUCUCUUCAAAUACCCGGGAAUCCGCUCUGACUCGGAUCUAUUCACAUUCGGCUUUGCUUUCAACCCCUGGAGCCGCAACAACCCCAUCGCCGAGGGCGCAGCGAUUAAAUCAUACAUUGCAGACACGGCGCAAAAAUUCGGCAUCGACCAGCAUAUCCUUUACAAGCACCGAUUGACCGCCGCCGACUGGUCCACUCAAGACCAUGUUUGGAACUUGGUGGUCGAUGCCGAUGGCAAGGAGCGGAAAUACACAGCUCGAUUUGUGAUCUUUGGUACAGGCUACUACAAUUACAGUCAGCCACUUGAUGUGCAAAUCCCUGGCAUUGAAAAGUUCAACGGCCAAGUCAUUCAUCCGCAAUUUUGGCCAGAAGACCUCGACUACAAGGACAAGAAAGUUGUGGUUAUCGGUUCCGGCGCAACUGCCAUUACUCUGAUUCCCAAUCUGGCCGACAAAGCCGCCCGUGUUACGAUGCUGCAGCGCAGUCCAACAUACAUCCUCUCCCUGCCCAAUCGCUCCAGCAAAUGGCUCUCCUACGUGCUACCUACAGCUACAUUUCAUCGCGUUCAGCGUGCAAUCGCGAUCAUCACGACACGCAUUUUCUUCCUCUUCUGCCAAAAAUACCCAAAUUUUUCGCGAUGGAUCCUGAAAAAGAGCGUCUGCUCGCAAUUACCCGAUCACAUUCCUUAUGAGCCUCACUUUGCCCCACGAUAUAACCCCUGGGACCAACGGUUGUGCGUCUGCCCGGACGGUGAUUUUUUCAAAAGUCUCCGCGCCGGCAAAGCCGACGUCCGCACCGACACCAUCAAGACUGUCACCAGCAACGGAAUCGCCUUGAACAGCGGUGAAACACUCGAUGCCGACAUCAUCGUCACCGCCACGGGAUUAAAACUCCAAUUAGCCGGCGGUGCUCAGAUCUCCGUCGACGGGGAGAAGUACGAUCCAGGCUCCAAAUACAUGUGGAACGGUGUCAUGUUGCAAGAUCUCCCCAACGCCUCUUUCAUCAUCGGAUACACAAACGCAUCAUGGACACUUGGGUCCGAUGCGACCGCACAAUUUGUCACCCGCUUACUCAAAUUCCUCGAAAAGCGCAAACUGAUCGCGGCGACACCACGGCUCAAGUCCGAUGAGGCAAAAAAUCUCGAGGAGCGACCUUUGUUGAAUCUGAGCUCGACCUAUAUCACAGUUGCGUCGAGGACUUUGCCUCGCGCGGGUGACAAGGGGCCCUGGCAGCCGCGAGAUCAUUAUCACAAGGAUAUCAAGUUCGCGUUGAAGGGCGAUUUGAGUGAGGGGAUGGAGUUUGUUGCUGGGCCGAGUUUGCAAUUGCGACCAGAUAUGAAUUAG